CACACACACACACACAAAACUGGCUUGCCCAUCUGAACUUGGGGACUUGCAAAUUCCGAAAUGACCGUGGUCUCUGGAAAGACUCGGAACUUGGCACGCUGGCCAAUCCAACCGGCAUCUAUGUAAGCUUCCCAAGAAGGGAUUUUGGUGGGGUCUGAAAGAGAAAAAAACAAGUUCUUUUUUUUUUUUAAACGAUUUUGAUUUUUUUAAUGCCAUGGAUAUAACUGAAUAAGCCGUCUCAGGGAUUUGGACUUGACGGAGGCAGAGUCCAUCUGCCUGCAAAUUCUCCUCUGCGCUUGGGGGGAGCUGGAGGAUUUUUCCCUGAGUCGAUCUUUGGCGAGGAAGGAUGCACAACAGAGCUGAGAGCCUGGCGAAGACUGUUCCCCCCACCCAGGGAUAAAUGGUGCCUCUCGGAGACUGUCCUUCUGAAUUGAGGCCCACAUGAUGUAGCCCAAAGAGCAACAGACUGGGAUUCAGAAGACCUGGGUUCCAAUCCCAGCUCUACCACUGAAUUGCCAUGUGAACUUAGGUACAAUACUACACAGGAAGGAGAGGUGGAAGAGUCAUACUAUAAUCAUGGCAGUCUUUGCCCUUGGGCUUUUUCUCCCUGGCUUUGUCCAGCAAUAACGACCUUCUUUCUCUGGGCACCAAGGCCCAAGUGACCAGACCAUGGAGACCCUGCUCAGCAGCCUCCUGGCAUUUGGCAUGGCAUUUGCUGUGGUUGAUGCCUGCCCCAAGUACUGCGUCUGCCAGAAUCUCUCUGAAUCCCUGGGGACACUGUGUCCCUCCAAGGGGCUGCUUUUUGUGCCACCAGACAUUGACCGUCGGACGGUAGAGCUGCGUCUAGGUGGCAACUUCAUUAUCCACAUAAGUCGCCAGGACUUUGCCAACAUGACGGGGCUGGUGGACCUGACCCUGUCCAGGAACACCAUCAGCUACAUCCAGCCCUUCUCCUUCUUGGAUCUGGAGAGCCUCCGGUCGCUGCAUUUGGACAGCAACCGCUUGCCAAGCAUCGGGGAGGAUACCCUCCGCGGCCUAGUCAACCUUCAGCAUCUCAUCGUCAACAACAACCAGCUGGACAACGUGGCUGAUGACGCCUUUGAGGACUUCCUGCUGACACUAGAGGAUCUGGAUCUCUCCUACAACAAUCUCCGCGGGCUGCCCUGGGACUCGGUGCGGCGCAUGGUGAACCUUCAUCAGCUCAGUCUGGACCAUAACCUCCUGGACCACAUUGCUGAGGGCACCUUUGCUGACCUCCAGAAGUUAGCCCGCCUGGACCUCACCUCCAACCGACUGCAGAAACUGCCUCCAGACCCCAUCUUUGCCCGCUCCCAGUCAUCCAGUCUGACCGCCACACCUUUCACCCCGCCCUUGUCUCUCAGCUUUGGGGGGAACCCACUGCACUGUAACUGUGAGCUGCUAUGGCUGAGACGCCUAGAUAGGGAUGAUGACCUGGAAACAUGUGGCUCUCCAGCCAGCCUGAAGGGCCGGUACUUCUGGCAUGUGCGGGAAGAGGAGUUUAUGUGUGAACCCCCUCUCAUCACCCAGCACACCCACAAACUGCUGGUGCUAGAAGGCCAAGCUGCAACACUCAAGUGCAAGGCCAUUGGAGACCCUAGUCCUCUAAUCCACUGGGUGGCCCCCGAUGACCGCCUCAUUGGGAACACAUCCCGAACUGCUGCCUAUGACAACGGUACCCUGGACAUCCUCAUUACCACCUCACAAGAUUACGGUGCCUUUACCUGCAUUGCUGCCAAUGCAGCUGGUGAGGCCACGGCCACUGUCGAGGUAUCCAUUGUCCAGUUGCCUCACCUGAGCAAUGGCACCAGCCGGACCACAUCCCCCAAAUCCCGCCUCUCUGACAUCACUGGGUCCAGCAAAGCUGGUCGAGGGGGAGGAACUGCAGGAGGAGGAGGAGGAGGAGCAGGGGGUGGGGAGGCCUCUAAAGGGCCCCCAGAGAGAGCCGUGCUUGUGUCGGAUGUGACCACUACUUCAGCUCUGGUCAAGUGGUCAGUGAGCAAAUCGGCUCCCCGGGUGAAGAUGUAUCAGCUGCAGUACAAUUGCUCAGAUGACGAGGUAUUAAUCUACAGGAUGAUCCCAGCUUCCAACAAGGCCUUCGUGGUGAAUAAUCUGGUGUCGGGGACCGGCUAUGACCUGUGCGUGUUGGCGAUGUGGGAUGACACGGCCACCACACUCACAGCCACCAACAUCGUGGGCUGCGCCCAAUUCUCCACCAAGGCUGAUUAUCCGCAGUGUCAGUCCAUGCACAGUCAGAUACUGGGAGGCACAAUGAUUCUGGUCAUCGGGGGCAUCAUUGUGGCCACGCUGCUGGUCUUCAUCGUCAUCCUCAUGGUGCGCUACAAGGUGUGCAAUCACCAGGGUCCUGGGAAGAUGAAUGCUGCCACUGUCAGCAAUGUCUACUCCCAAACCAACGGGUCGCAGCCGCCACCGCCGCCGCCACCAUCCAAUGCGGUACAGAACGGGGCGCCACCGCAAGUGCACCCCAAGGCGUCCAUGAGGAACGAGCAUUUUGGAAGCGGCAGCGGGGCGUCUGGGGCUGCUGGGGCGGGGAUCAGAAGUGGUGGUGGAGGCUUGGGGCGCAGCAGUGGCUCCUCCUCGUCCUCGAGCUCCUUGGGCAGCACGGACGGGGUGGGUGGCCGGGGCCCUUGGAGGCUCCCUCCGCCCGGCUCUCGCACCAAACCUAACCUCGACCGCCUCAUGGGGGCCUUCGCCUCGUUGGACCUCAAGUGCCAGAGGAAGGAGGAGCCUCUAGACUCCAGGACUCCGGUCGGGGCCGGGGCCAUGGGACGUCAUUCAGACCGCGAGCCACUGCUGGGCCCGCCGGCGGCACGGGCCCGGAGCCUCUUGCCGCUGCCGCUGGAGUGCAAAGCGCGGCGCAGCCACUCCUUUGACAUGGGGGACUUUGCCGCGGCGGGGGCGGUGUCCGGGGCGUCGGGGGGCGCAGCUGCACAGGGAGGUUUUAGCCCGCCGCGGAGAGUGACGAACAUCUGGACCAGGCGCAGCCUCUCGGUCAAUGGCAUGCUCCUGCAAUUUGAGGACAGUGACCUCGUGGGGCCCAGGGGCACUUUUGGCAGCUCCGAGUGGGUGAUGGAGAGCACCGUGUAGAUGGCGGUGGCGUCCAGAGAGAGUCCGGCAGCCCCUUCUACCUCCCUUCCUCGCUCCUUUCUCUCCCUUAUGUCAAUUCCGACCCCUCCCUACCCUCACUCCCACCCUACUCCUCCAGUCUGUGGGAUGCUGGCAACAAGGUGGAAGAAAUCUUUCCCUUUUUUAUAUAUAUCAAGUCAACUCUC